GUGUUUUGUUCGCUGCAGUUGCUCGUCUCAGCCUGAAGGGGGCGGAAGUGUGCGUCACUUCCUGAUCCGGGAGGUGAAGAAGACGCGUGUGCGCUUGUUUUCCCUCGGUUUUUAUCACGCGCUGCAAAUUACAGAGGCUGCAGGUCCAGCGGGGUUCAAGCCAUGUCGGACGGACGGAUCUACGUGGGAAACCUUCCCAUGGACGUCCAGGAGAGGGACAUUGAGGAUCUCUUCUACAAAUACGGAAAAAUUCGGGAUAUUGAGCUGAAGAACAACAGAGGCACCAUCCCGUUUGCCUUCGUGCGGUUUGAGGACCCACGGGAUGCGGAGGACGCCGUCUUUGGAAGGAAUGGAUAUGGAUUUGGAGACAAUAAGCUGCGUGUGGAAUAUCCUCGAUCUUCCGGAUCCAAAUUUAGUGGACCUGCUGGAGGAGGAGGAGGAGGAGGAGGAGGGCCGCGGGGAAGGUUUGGGCCCCCGUCGCGCAGAUCUGAGUUUCGCGUUAUUGUGACGGGUCUUCCUCCCUCCGGCAGCUGGCAGGAUCUGAAAGACCACAUGCGGGAGGCCGGAGACGUGUGUUUCGCUGACGUGCAGCGUGACGGCGAGGGUGUCGUCGAGUUCCUCAGACGAGAGGACAUGGAGUACGCACUGAGACGCCUGGACAGCACAGAGUUCAGAUCCCACCAGGGAGAGACGUCCUACAUCAGAGUGAUGGAGGAGCGGGGCACAAGCUGGGGUCGCUCCCGCUCCCGCUCCAGGUCUCGAGGACGAUACUCACCCCCGUACCAGAGCAGAGGGUCACCGCCGCCCCGUUACCGAUCACCCCCGCGUCACAUGACCCGCCAUAGCCCACCCUCCCGACGAGCCCCGCUCCAGGAUCACAGCCCUCCGCCGCGCCACUAUCGAUGAGCGGCUGCCUCUCCACCGACACCACCCCGUUUCUUUCUUAAUUUAGUAAUUUACAUUCCAUUGUAGGAACCCGAAUGGCCUCGUUCACCGUUCGGUUCACGGAGAGCUUGCGGAUAUGUUAAUGAUCACGUGGAUGAUGCUGUAGAUGCUUACAGAUGUGGUUAUGAUUGUGAAAGAUCUGAAGAUGAAUAACCCGUUUAUCCUUCGGGAUUAUUGACACGAGGCAACAGACUAAAGAUGUGUUGUUUGUGAUUAAUCUGGUCCAUUGCGUAGACAUUGACUUUUAUUAUUUUUUUUUAUGAUUUGAAUAAAAGGCUGCGAUUUUAAAAUGUUUCUUUCUGGAAUCUCCCCAUGCCAUUAU